AUGGGCCCUUCAACGAGCGACCCAUACUGCGAGUGCAGGGUGCUGGACGGUGCUCAGAAGGGUCCAGAGAUCAAGACCAAGGUCAUCAGCAAGACGCUGCAACCUACGUGGGACGAGAAAUUUGCCCUUGAGAGCGACGCCGUGGGGCGCAUUCUGGAGUUCGAGGUGUGGGACCACGACAUGUGGCCCAAGAAGCCAGAUUUCCUGGGCAAGGCAAGGCUGCAGCUGACCUCGGAGCGGCUACCGCACGAGGAGACUGUGGAGAGGACGUUGACCCUCGAAAGCGACAGAAAGGGCAUCAAGGCGCAGGGCACCCUGACCGUGAGGCUGGGUGGCGUGCGACCUGGGGAUCAGGUGAAGCUGCCUGCUGGCGCGGCAGGGUGA